AUGUCGAAAUACGAACUGUCUUCGUGGAAAUCCCACCAAUGCUUACCACCAGAUGGCAGUUUUUUCCAUCCAUCUUGUCAACACGAAAUCCACAAAAUCACCUCAACUUCCCAGGCUGUUUUCCCCAAGAUGCUGGACAAAAUUCACAGAUUUUCCUGCAUCACCUCAUUCCUCAAGCGGAGGGGUAUUUUCAACCCUUCUUCGCGGGCUUUUUGCUCAGCUUCCGGGAAGAUUCUCGUGGAAUUCAGCUCUCCCAACAUAGCCAAACCCUUCCAUGUCGGCCACCUGAGAUCCACCAUCAUUGGGAAUUUCAUAGCUAAUCUCUUUGAGGAUUCUGGGCAGGCAGUUUGGAGAAUAAAUUACCUGGGAGAUUGGGGAACGCAAUUUGGACUCUUGAAACUCGGCGUGGAGCAGCUGAAUCUCACCGAGGAGGACUUAAAAUCCGACCCUAUUAAGCAACUGUUUAGAGCCUACGUGGCGGCUAAUGAAAAAGCUAAGGAAGACGAAGGAAUCGCGUCAAAAGCUAGAGAAAUCUUCUCCCGGAUGGAACUGGAGGAUGGGGAUGAUUUAUCCAGGUGGAAUCUGUACAGGGAGUUCACAGUGGCUGAGCUGAAAAGGGUGUAUAGUAGACUCGGAGUUUGUUUUGAUGCGUACGAGUGGGAAUCAAUGUACAGGAGGAAGAAUAUAGAGGACAUUCUUGAGGAUCUCAGGAAAAAGGGAAUUUUAAGUAAGGAAUCCGACGGGAAGGAGACCGUAGAGGUAAAUGGGCGGAAAGUGGCAGUUGUAAAAAGCGACGGGACGACACUUUACCUGGCCAGGGAUAUUGCAGCUGUCCUGGAUCGGAUGCAAAAGCACAAUUUCUCUCACCUUUUCUACAUUGUCGAUUCCGGGCAGAGUGAUCACUUCCGGGCCCUUUUCCACAUUGUCCAGAAGCUAGGAAUCACCCAGGUGAGUCAUGUGAAGUUCGGAAGAAUAAAGGGAAUGAGCACGAGAAGGGGGAGUGUUGUUUUCUUAGAAGACAUUCUCAAUGAAGCUCGGGAUAUAAUGAGGGAGAAACAAGUGAAAUCCUCAACGACAAAAGUCAAUCUGUCGGAUUUGACCGACAAAACAGCUGAUAUCCUCGGGAUUUCCGCUGUCAUCGUCAACGACCUGAAGCAACGCCGGCAAAAAGAUUACAAUUUCGACUGGAAGAAUGCCCUGCAAGUGGAAGGGGACACAGGAAUCAAACUCCAGUACACUCAUUGCCGCCUGGUCAGCCUAUCUGAAAAAGCCGGAAUAGAACCCGAUCUCACCCUCAAUCCCGAACUCCUCCCUCACACAAAAUGCCAAGAAAUCAUCCUCGAACUCGACAAAUUCCCCUCAAUCCUGGCCAGAAGCCGCGAAUCCCUGGAAGCCUGCAUCCUGGUCACCUAUCUCUUCACCCUCUGCAACACCAUCAGCCGCUGCCUGAAAACAGCCCGCGUGAAGCAAGAACCCAGCCUGGACCUUCAGCGUCAGCGACUACUCAUCUUCAACACUGCCCGCAAAACCCUAGCCCAUGGAAUGAAAAUUCUCGGGCUGCAACCUCUAGAUCGCAUGUGA